UUUGCUUGGCUCAAUUCUUGCUGUACAAAUCGGAUCGACCCAGCAUUUCAGCCAAUUAACUUCCAUUUCUUCUAGAAACUAAAGGAAACCCCGACCCCGAUAGGCCAGCCUCAUCAUCUUAUGGAGAGCUAGAGGUGCUGUCCGACAUUCCAAAACCCCACGAAUCUACCUGUCGAAAAACACAAUUUGGAAAUAAAUCCCCUUUCUUUCUCUUUGCUUCCUUUUCUUAAACCAAAUCCAUGUUCGCUCGGAAAAAGAAAAGUAUCUUCUCCCCCAUCAUUCAUCUGACAAUGUAAGAGCCUGGUGCCUUUGUUGUGUCGAGCCUUGCUACGGAUCACCGUAUUGUCUUGCCUUACUGCGUACAUCUUUCGAGGUGUCUUUCCCUGAUCGAAUCAUCAAUCGCGAACUCCGGUCUCACCUACCUUACAUUUCUUCAAAGCCCCCCCCUCAACAACUAUCUUUUUUAUAAACUUUCUACGCUUUCAUUUUUUCCUUCUGCUUCCUGCGAAAUACCACCUUUCUGAAAGCCAUACAAUAAUAUAAUCCGAUCGUUGCUCAAAGACCCUUGGCAAAAAUGGUGGCCGACGAUACUUAUGAGAUCUGCCUGCCUAUCCUCGAAGAUGCUACCCUAGAGGACGAGGACAAGACGGAUAAAUUGGAGGACUUGCUAAAGAAUGAAACUACAAUGACAGGAACAGUUUUGGAGAAUGCUGUGUUAGAUGUAUUAUGGCGAUAUCGCGAGAGCGCUGCAAAUGCCGCCAACUCACCACCCGCAAUGCGACAUACAGUCCUGCGUCGGCCAUCCCCUGCUCCAUGGCAGAUUCCGCGUGGUGGAACACCAUUAUCUUCAUCCCCUCGACUUGGAGUCAGUCCCCUCGCUCCCCAUGGGUUUAUGCCGCAAUCAUUUUCUCGAACAAAGUCUAUCCAGGGUUCCCCUUUUACCUCACCGCGACCCUCCCCACGACUCGCAUUUUCCAGCCCUGCGAUCCCUCAUAGUCCAAACCUGAACGCAUACGAGUUUCCGACUGACACUAGCCCUACGCAAGAUAUAUAUGGAGAUUACGGAAGUGAAAAUGUAGACUGGCUUGUGAAUGAUGAUGCCGUUAGUAUCACAUCAUCGUCCGUCGGAGGAAGUGGCCUCAACGCUGCUGCAGCUGAAUACAUUUCGCCCCAACAAAGCGAUAUGAGCUCUCAUGAAAUGUUACGGUCGAUUUUUGGCCCCUCGAAAUCAGUUGAAGAAAUCGAGGCUGCACUUGCUUUACACGGAUACGACUUGAGCGCUACUAUUGCUGCUUUCAUGGAUAGUCAAUCUGCCGAAGCUGCAGUACAAGCAGAUGGAGAUGGUACAAAAGCCAUUCUAAUUGGUAAGUCAAUGGCAGCGGACGUGCCUCGACCAAACACGCCGGCUGGGCAACAACGAAAUGGUGUUGUCUGUCGAUUUUGGUUGUCUACUGGACAAUGUCUUCGCGCGGAUUGUAGAUUUAGUCAUGAUUUGAGUAAUCACAUUUGCAAGUAUUGGGUCAUGGGCAAUUGCCUUGCGGGAGAUACAUGCAUCUUUAGCCACGAUCCCUCAUCGUUUAUGAGCCGACUCUCUCUUGAAGGUGGUAGCACGCCCCCAACUUCAAAUGCACAACCCAGUUUCCAGUUCCAAGAUUACAAUGCAUUCCCAUCUUUACAAUCAAUGCAAGAGCAGUGGCCAAACUCUUAUUCAUCGACGAAUGCUUUCAGCAACUAUCAACAAGGUGGUUUCACUCCACCGCCUGGUUUCAAAAGUCUACACGGUUAUAACAGUGAUGGAAGCCAGCGAUCUCGACCAAGUAGUCGAGCUAGAGAUGCUCCCACAGCUCCAGCUCUUGAUGAUACAGAAGCAUUUCCAUCGUUAGGCGCUGUGAGUACAAAGGGCAAAAAGCAUCACGGGAAACGAGGUGGUCAUGGGCACAACCACAAAGAAAACAACAGCCCAAGCUCCCUUGCCGAUGUGGUAAAGCUAUCUCCUUCACCAGGCCCUGGUAUGAUGCAAGAAAAGAAAAAGAUUGGCAGAAACGGUAGCUCCAAUAAUGUCCGCAAUGGCGAGAAUAGCGCUGCUGCACAAGCUAUAUCACCCCCUCAACACAUUCCGUGGUUAGAAACAGGAGAAAGAGCCAAUAAAGCAUACCUCAAAGCCAGACAAGAUGCAAUCAAGCAUGGUGGUUUGAGGAACAAAUUCUUACAGAGUGCCGCUCAAGCUUGGAACCGUAAUGAUGCACGUGCUGCAAAAGCACUUAGCCUUCGUGGUCAAAGUGAGAACGAUCUCAUGAGGAAAGCACACCGAGAAGCAGCUCGUGAGCUUUACGAAGAACGCAACAAAAGUAACUCCCCAAACGCAGAGCUUUACGUUGAUUUGCAUGGUCUUCAUCCCGAAGAGGCUGUCGAAUACCUCGAGCGCGUCCUUCUAGAUAACAGCAAAGAAUCAAGACCCGUUUAUGCUAUCACAGGUACAGGUCAUCAUAGCAAAAACGGCAAAGAUAAGGUUGGCAAAGCCAUUCGUACAUUCUUGAACGAAUGGAGAUACGCAUACCGCGAAUUCUCAGUCCCUGGUGACAGAAACAACGUGGGUGGUAUUUUGGGCAUUGACGCUCGAUCUUAUGACAAGACUUUAUCCAGAGAAAGCAAUGGCGCAGAUGGUUCAAAGGAAGAAGUUGAUAUCUUGAGUCAAGGUCAUGAGAUUGGUGGUGGUAAAAUCAAGCUUCUAGUGCGAAACCAAGAUCGAAGUCAAGAUGUUCCUAAAGGACCCAGCGGUAAAGGUCGAUGACCUAGAAUUAAAGAAUAAAUAAAUUAUUAAACAAUUUUAAUUAUCUGUC